AUGAAGUUCUCCCAUUCAAUCCAAUUUAAUGCUGUUCCUGAAUGGUCCUCAAAAUAUAUAUCCUACACUACGUUAAAGAAACUUAUUUACUCUUUGCAAAGGGAGUCGUUACAUAGGCGAAAGGGCGACAGUGAAUCAGCUUAUUUGAUAUCGAAUGACCUAUCUCAAGAUAACCUGCCGUCAGAAGUCUUCAAAGCAGCGCUCGACGCUGAACUUUCUAAAAUUGACGAGUUUUAUAAGAAGCAAGAAGAGUUUAUCUUCAUCAGUAUUGAAGAUCUUCUUCGUGAUAUAGAAUAUUUCAAGAGUGAUGUCGACGCCAUGUGGAUGCGGCGGAGGCCCAAUCGAAAGCGUCAUACAUCAAAAGUGAGUGCCUCCAGUGGCUAUGAUGUAUCGAAUGGCGAAGCAUAUAGUGACGCUCAUCUCGCAUCUCAGACCAAUUUAGAUACCGAUGGCAAUUAUACAAAUGAAGACAAUCUUGAUGCAGAAGAGUCGAAUGAUGACGAUGAAUUGCAGAUCACUUCCUUUCCUGAAGAUGAGGGCGCAGGUAGACGCAGAAAAUCGUCUGUGGAUGGACCCUACUAUCCGACAACGUCUAGAGACGGAAUGAUGUCGGACUUUGGGCAAGAAUUGAACAGUCAGAUCAACAUUUUCUCAGAGUCUAGAAUACUACUUCGAAAAAGAGUGAUUGGUCUUUUCACGACUCUCCUGGAGCUCAAGAGCUACAUCGAGCUUAACAACACUGGGUUUAAGAAGGCUCUUAAGAAAUUCGACAAAUCUUUAGGAACAACAUUAAAAGACCAGUACCUCGUGGAGUUGCCAAACAGGUCGUACAUUUUUAAAAAAUCGACAUUAGAGUCUGUAAAUAACAGACUUGAUGACUUGAUAAGAGGAUAUGCUCUAGUUUGCAAUCAUGGUGAUGAUUUGGAGCAAGCAAAAUCAGAAUUGUCUAUUCACUUGAGAGAGCAUGUGGUAUGGGAGCGCAAUACAGUUUGGAGAGAUCUUAUCGGUAUUGAACGCAAAAAGCAGUCUGCUCUUGCUCAAGACAGCAGUAUGACUUUAGAUGAAAAAAAGGGAGCCAACACGUCAAGUCUUACGUCAUCGAUCAGAAGAAGUGCAAUAAUAAAGCUCACGGUAAUUACAAGCACUUCCAUCUUUCUUCUUGUGGUAUCGCCAUUCGAGGAGGUUGAGCAGCGCAAUUGUUUCGCAUUGCUCGUGUGUGCCUCGCUUCUAUGGGCAACUGAAUCGCUUCCCUUGUUUGUGACUUCACUCUUGAUUCCAUUGCUUAUUGUGAUACUUGGUGUUUUAAAAAACGAUGAUGGAUCGCGGAUGCAGACCGUUGACUCGUCGAAAUAUAUUCUUGCAUCGAUGUGGAAUUCAGUUAUUUUGUUGCUUUUGGGAGGUUUCACACUUGCGGCUUCACUCACAAAAUAUCAUAUUGCGAAGUUGAUGUCUACUUGGGUUUUAUCCAAAGCGGGAACUAACCCCUCAGUCGUGCUCUUGACCGUGAUGUCAAUUGCAUUAUUCGCAUCGAUGUGGGUCUCGAAUGUCGCUGCGCCAGUUCUUUGUCUCUCAUUGAUACAGCCACUCCUUAGAACGUUGCCAAAGGGCUCCGCUUUCGCAAGGGCUCUCAUUUUAGGCAUUGCUUUGGCAUCAAAUAUUGGAGGUAUGGCCUCUCCCAUUGCUUCGCCUCAAAAUAUGAUAGCUAUUGGUGCGAUGGACCCGCAGCCAUCUUGGGGUCAGUGGUUUGUGAUAUCAAUGCCAAUUUGCAUCCUCUCUUUGGCCAUGAUAUGGAUGUUUUUGUUGCUUACAUUUAGUUGCAAUUCGAGGAACACACACUUAGUGGCAAUUCGUACGAUUGAUGAUAAAUUUCUGGGUGUUCAACUUUACAUUGUUAUUGUCUCCGCUACAACCAUAUUUUUGUGGUGCAUUGCAUCGCGAUUGGAAGGGAUAUUUGGAGAGAUGGGAAUCAUUGCGCUUAUUCCUUUGAUUCUUUUCUUUGGGCCGGGCUUAUUGACGACCGAAGAUUUUAAUAACUAUCCAUGGAAUAUAGUCGUCCUUGCUAUGGGUGGCACAGCGUUGGGAAAAGCGGUUGCCUCUUCCGGUUUACUCGAGACAAUCGCGCUUUCAAUACAGAAAGAGGUCGAAGAUUUUUCUUUGUUUGGUGUGGUGCUAUCUUUCGGGCUCUUAAUUUUAACAGUAGCGACCUUUGUGAGUCAUACAGUUGCUGCACUCAUAGUUAUACCGCUUGUUUCAGAAAUUGGAAGCAAAUUAGAUGAUCCCCAUCCCAGGUUGUUGAUCAUGGCGAGCGCCUUGUUAUGCUCAGCAGCCAUGGGUUUGCCGACUUCAGGUUUUCCUAACGUGACAGCCAUUUGUAUGACCGACGAUCUCGGUAAUGCAUAUCUCAAUGUGGGGACUUUCAUUACAAGAGGUGUUCCAAGUUCAUUCAUGACAUAUCUUAUCAUUAUUUCUAUUGGGUAUGCUACCAUGAAGCUCAUAGACUUCUGA